AUGAUGGACAACACUUUUAGCCACCGCCAAAACAGCAGCCGCAGCAGCAGCAGCAGCAGCAGCCCCUCUAGCAGCAACAGCAGCAGCAGAAGAACUAGUAACACAGGCGGCAGCAGCAGCCAAAGCAACAGCAGCCCCAGAUCCAGUAACGACAACAGCAGCAGCAGAAGCAGCAGAACUAGUAACACAGGCAGCAGCAGUACCCAUGGCAACAGUGGCCCUAGACCUAGUUACACAGGCAGCAGCAGCAGCAGCAGCAGCAGCAGCAGCAGCAGCAGCAGAAGACCUAGUAACACAGGCGGCGGCAGCAGCAGACCUAGUAACACAGGCAGCAGCAGCAGUAGACCUAGUAACACAGGCAGCAGCAGACCUAGUAACACAGGCAGCAGCAGCAGCAGCAGCAGACCUAGUAACACAGGCAGCAGCAGCAGCAGCAGACCUAGUAACACAGGCAGCAGCAGCAGACCUAGUAACACAGGCAGCAGCAGCACCAGCAGCACCAUCAGACCUAAUAACACAGGCAGGAGCAGCAGCAGCAGCAGCAGCAGCCAUGGCAACAGUGGCCCCAGACCUAGUAACACAGGCAACGGUGGCCCCAGACAUAGUAACAUGGGCAAAGGUGGCCCCAGACAUAGUAACACAGGCAACGGUGGCCCCAGACAUAGUAACAUGGGCAAAGGUGGCCCCAGACAUAAAUGUUUUAUAGACGUCAAGACAUUUCUCCAAAGAGGAAACAACCUCAAUGAGCAAGCUUUUGAGAGUCCUAUUGUAGAGUGUGCCUGA